AUGAAGCUUUCUUUAUUAUUAUUAUUAAUUGCAAUAGUUGGCUCUACUUAAGCCCUUCAUUUUUAUAUCACUGAAGGUACUGAAAAGUGCUUAACCGAUGAUAUCCCAGCUUAAACACACAUUUUGGGUUACACUCACUUAAAAGAUAAAUUGCCUGGUGUUCCUGAUGGAUCUAAAACUGAUGGUGUUACCCUUACUGUCUAUGGUCCUGAUAAAGUAUAAGUAUUUUAAAAGUUGACCCUCUUCGGAAAAGACAAGUUCGCUAUUACUACUACCAAGGGUGGUAAUUACAAAUUCUGUCUUAAGACAACAACCAGUCACUGGAUUUCUAAGAACUAAAAGUUAAGAUAUGGAUUGAGAUUAGUCGUAGGUGAAUAAGAAUAAUAGGACGUUAAAGAUGCUGCUAAAACUCAUCACAUCAAAAACUUACAAACUAAGAUAGAAACUGUAAAGAUUAGAGCCAAGGAAUUUGUUGAUUAUUAACAACUUAACAGUAAGAUUGAAGAUGAGCUUUCACAAGCUAAUAUUAAGAUUAAUGAUAGAGUUAUCUUAUUCACUAUAAUUGAAACAAUUAUUAUUUUAGGUAGUGGUGUUUUCUAAAUUCUCUCUCUCAAAAAAUUCUUUGCACAAAAGAGAUUCACUUACUGA